GUGUCACUAUGCCCCCAGACUUCUGACCCUGUGGAUUGUGUGUGUCUCUCUGCCCUCAGGACGCUCAGCCUGUGGAUUACGGGGGUCCCUGUGGCCCAGAGACCUGACCCUGUGGAUUUGCAGUGCCUCUCUGCCCCUGACGCUGAAUGGUUGGAGAACAGAGCGCCAUGAAGAGGUGGCAGUCCUUGUUUGUGAAACAGACGUACAAACCAUCGGCGGUGGACAAGUGGAUGAGGCAUGACCAGAAGCUCUUUGAAGCGGUGGAGAAAGGAGAUGCCAAGAAGGUCUCUUCUCUUCUAUCAAAGAAGCUCAUCAGAGCCACCAAGGCCAGCCCCAAAGGACUGUCUGCGUUCCAUCUCGCCGCAGCCAAAGGUCUCACAGAUUGUCUAAAUGUCAUCCUAUCUCACAAGGUGGAGAUCAACGCCAAGACUGAUGAUGGCUACACCGCGUUACACCUGGCUGCCAACAACUGCCAUCCAGACUGCGUCAAGAUUCUCCUCCAGCGUGGCGCCCACGAGGAUUCCAUCGACUUCCGCAGUCAGACGCCUCUGCACUGUGCAGCCUCUUCUGGUUGCGUUUCCAGCACGUCGUUACUAUGCGACGCAGAAGACACUAUCCUGGACGCCGCUGAUGAUGAUGGACGGACGCCGCUCAUGAUCGCUGCUCAGAGGAACCAUCCGAUGGUCUGCUCCUUACUGCUGGACCGAGGCGCUCAGAUCGACCUCACCGAACGAGAGAAAAAGACAGCGCUGAUCCUGGCAUGCGAGAAGGGCAAUCUCCAGGCGGCAGAGACCCUCGUAUCUAAAGGAGCGGACCCCCGGCCAAAAGAUAACAGGGGCUGCGAUGCUUUGGCUUAUGCCAGUCAGGCCAGAGAUGAGUCCCUCAAGAAACUGGUCCAAGCUGCGCUGGACAGAAGGAAAAGUGCAGGAGAAGGAUCACAAGAGGAAAGUGCAUCUGCUUGCAAGGUACCUCCUCAAACUAACCUUCGAGAGCAGGAACUGCUGAACAUGUGGAAGAGGAGAUAUGAAGAAGAACAGAAGAGGGGCCUAUGGUUACAGGGAGACCUGAUGAUGAAGACUCAAGAGCUGGAAAGCAUUAUGGAGGAGAGCCAGCUAGAGAAGACUAGACUCAAGAAACUGGUGGAAGAGUUGAGUGGUCUUCUUGAUGGCCAAGCAGAAAGGCAAGGAGCCACUGGACAGGAAUCUUACCCGCCUGACCCAUGUGGGCUUCUAAAUCGGGUGCUAGAGCAAGUAAAAAACGCCAAUGAGCAUCAACAAAAAGAGAGAAGACGACACGAGGACGCGGUGAAGAUGCUUAGGGAGAGGAUAACAGAGGUGGAACAGCAGCAAACACAUCAUCAGGAAGAAGUGAAGAACCUGCAAGUAGCCACGACCGCUGCCAAAGAGAACGAGGAAAGCGCACGUCAGAGAGUGGCCGAGUUAGAAGGUCAUCUGGAGAACAUGAGAGAAGUCCUGUCUCAGUUUGAGAAGCGGAAGAGAAUACAGAGCACGGUGGUUGAGGACCUAGAGGAAGAGAUCUCAGAGAUCACUCAGGAGAAAGAGGAACUUCUGGUUUUAUUACAAAAACUCCAGGGUCAGGAAGAUGUUCUGAUUGACACCAGGACGGACACGCGUAAUAACGACCAGGUCGUAAUGCAAAAUAACAUCAAAGCAUUGAAGGAAUUAGUCCAGACGUUGCAGAGUGACUCUACUAACAGGCACACGAAAACAGCAGAUGCGCUGGGGGGGAGCGAAGCAUUUAAGAACGGCUCCGGGUUGGUGUCUUUGGACGCCUUAGAAAAAAACGAAGGGAACUGGGAAAAGAUCAUAAGAACAAUAGAGAAAUACCUUGACAACAUCGAGAGGGCUCAACAGAACCUGGUUUUAAGUACAUCAGAAAGGCGUGACUCCGGACUUGUUAUGAAUGGGUCUGUAGGUGAGCACAAGACGGAGAACAAUAUGGAGGGACUCAACCACCAGAAAAAGGUGGAAACCAGUGUGCCAUGUCUACAAAGUGAGUUAAUACAACCUUCUGAUAACCGUACGGUGGGAAAUGAAUCGACGGCACCGGGAAUCUCUAAGACUUUGAGUUCCCCCUCUACGCAGGGAAGUGAGCAGGCUGGUGCUGACACCAUCCACUCACUGAGACAAAACGUUUCAGAGCUUCAGUUUGAGUUGUCGUCACUCAAAGCGACCCAUAGCAAUCUUCUCACCCAAAUGAACCACGCCAGCCAAGAGAAGCAUAAUUUAGAGGAAGGGCUCCUUGCCUUGCAAGAACGUCUACAGGCAGAGUAUGCUCUGAGGCAAGAAAUGGACAAUCUGUGUAAGGAUUACAAGCAGCAAGUUCUUCUCCUGUCGGACGAGCUGCUGGCCGAGCAGGGCAAACUCCAGAAAUUGACCUCGAGGCUGGAGUCCCAGGAGAAUGAAAUGCUGAUGCUGAAGGACAGCUUCCCACCAGAAAUAUUACGAGAAGGAACCAAUAAACGUGGAGAACUGUUCCAAAGCGACACCUUGGAGGAGCUUUACUGGAACGUAGGCACUCUGGUUAUGAAAUAUAACGAAGCAUUGCAGCUGAAAGCAGCUUUGCAAAAGGAAAAUCAUAAGCUUCUGGAAAAUCAAGCCCAGAACAUAUCGAUUACAGAUCACAACAAUAUAUUGAACGAAGUAACCAACAAAUUGGACACCCAGGUUAAGGAAACAGAGAUGCUGAAGCAGAGGCUCUUCCAAGCCAUGGGGAGCAUCGUUGAGUUGAGGGAUCAGCUCACAAGUCAAGCAUCAAGCUCAUUGUCUAGAGUGGAACACGAUAACAAGAUGGCUGACGUCCAGAGGACAGUAGAAUCUUUAAAAGAGGAAAAUGACGCAUACAAAGUAAACUUGGAGAAGAAGGGUGAGGAGGUUACUAUGCUUAAAAAGCAACUGGAACAAAAAGCUGUGGAGGAGCAGAUACUGAGAUCCAGGGAAGCCGAGAGGAUACAGGAGUACGAGAGGCACAUGAAGACACUAGAGGUCCGAAUCACAGCUUUGAGUGAGGAUGUCCAAAUACUGUCGGGCAAACUUAUGGAUGCUUCCAAAGAAUCCAUGCACUUAAGAGAUGAGCUGACAUCCGAGAAGGAAAGGUCAACACAUCUAGGGGAGAGGAGGAAAGAGCUAGAGACAGAGAGAGACGCUCUGAGGAUAGAGACACGUAAACAUGAAGAGGAAAAUAGUCGUCUGAAUGAAAAGUGUGAUGAGCAUUGCCGAGGUUCUCAGGAGAAACAGGAGAAGAUUGAAGAGUUGCUGAAGGAACUAGAUUCCAUGACCAAGGAGACUGUAGAGCAGCAGAUGAAGUGUGAGGACCUGAUGGCCCAGCUUGAGGACACAAACAAACGGCACCAGGAAAUCAUUUCUAUUUACAGAACCCACCUGCUCCACGCAGCUCAGGGCUUCAUGGAUAAGGAUGUCCAUCUUACGCUGCACUGGAUUCUGAAGAUGCAAAACGACAUUUACUGAGUCUGAUGGACCAAGCGGGAUGGAAACUACAACACCCGCCGGACAUUAACGGCGUUCUUUGCUUCGUGCCAAUUGU